UGUUAAUAUAAAAAAACAGCUGUUGCCCGUUGUUUUGGCCCAACAAAAGCUGUAAAUUGCGCAAAAUUAUUUGGGAAUGUGGAGAAGAGUAUUAUUUAAUGCACAAAAUGUGCAGCAACUUAAAAAUGUAAACCUUCGCCAAUUGGCCGCAAAGGCAACUGCACCUAAAUUGUUGCAACUGGAGCAAGUGCACAUUGACGAAGCCGUUAAAUUGGAGCCGGCAUUGGCAAUUUAUACACCCGAAAUAUGGCGACGGGCACACGAAACUUUUCAGAAUCACGGACUGGAAACUAUGAGCUUUCUGCGAAUUGUUACUGGGAAUCCAAAUGUACUGAAGCGCACGCCUGACCGAAUUAUUCAUACUCUAGAGAUUUGGCGCGCCUGUCAGUUUGGCGAGAACUUGUUGCAUCUCCUGUUGACCAAAUAUCCGGAGCUGCUGGACGUCACUGAUGCACAUCAGCUGCUCACAUUGAGCGCCUAUUUGAAGAGUCGCCUGUCUACCAAUAAAAACGUGUGGAAGGUGCUGAUGAAUAGUCCGGACUUGAUGGCACAGCCGGAGAACUUGAUAGAGGAGAAGUUGACUUAUAUGUUCGAAGUAAUGCGCAUUGAGGUUCCGGAGAUUGUAAAGUCCUCUGCUUUAUCCUUGUCCUUCGAGGAGUUGCGCUGUCGUCACACUUUUCUGGUUCGCUUGGGUUUGUUUAAGCCACGCCCACUCAAGGCAGAUCCCAAUGAGCCGACGACAAAUCAUAGACUAUAUCAGAUAACGGAUACGUCCGAGAAAUCCUUUGUAACCAAAAUAUGUCAUGUCACACUGCCCGAAUACGAAGCAUUCAAGGACCUGUUGGCGCGAGAAUUAGAGCGCAAGUCGAGAAAAACUCAAGUUGAGGAAGAAUUUAGCGAUGAGGAAGUCUAGAUUAAAUUGUUAUUAAGAUUUAAG